CCAGCGUCCGCAGCAUGCGUGAAUGUGGAUAGACGAUCUUAUUUCAUCUUUUUAACAAAAUUGUUCUUUUCAACCCUCUGUUGCGUUACGAUGAUCGUCGAUAAGCUCGGAUAAAAUAUCUUGCGCCUGAGAACUGGAUCGUCAGAUCGACUCGCCUAACGUCCCCGUUCCGCGGAUGUUGCGCGCGCUCUUGCAAGGAACCAGGUCCUCUUGAUGCGGAUCGAGUCGUCCGUCGAGAUGGAGCAGAGGUUGUCGAACCCGUCGAGACCGCCGCGUCAGAUUCCGCCGAAUCACUCGAGGAAGAAUAAGAGAAGAUCCAGCCGUAAGAGCAACCUGCUGGACACAAUACAGGAUACGUGGCCGAACACUUUACAGAGUAAUCAGGACGGUGGCCUGGUGCCUGGUAUGGAGUAUCCUCCAAGGCAGAUGCUGUGGCAACCGACAGACGUGCAGAACGUAUCGGGUAAUGGACAACGUCUAUUCACCGCGAUGUCAGAUCCGAGCGUCUGUGGCUACUCACCGAUGCCUAUGACAUACACCAUGCAGCCGGUCUCACUGCCUACAAUGUACAGAAUGUAUCAGCCAAUGCCGGUGCCAAACAUUAGAACCGUCCACAGUAGACAAAGGCAUCACUGUAACAAGCACUUGGCGAAUGUUCGUCCCAAUGUCAAUAAUGUUGUUAAUGGUUAUGGAAAUCUGCAAGAAAACGGAGUUUUGGAAUCUGCUGUACAUAUGGCUCUUCAAAACGGAGAUUAUGCCAGUCUACCACCUACUGCUAACAAAGACAAUGGAGUCAAUGGCGACGAACUCAAUUCAGAGCACAGAAGAUACUCUGAUCCUGGAUUGGGACCUGCUGGGCCUUCGGCUCACUCAGACAGUGAUGAUUCCGAUAGUAUUGAGAGUGGAAGUUCCAUAACGACAAUUAGCCGUAGUAAUAAACUUGUCCUGUCACUUAUUGAACAGAUGACAGAGCUAAAAAAAUGUAACAACCAACUGUUUAAAGAACUUAGUGAAGCUAAGUCAAAUGUAGAGAAUGUAAAAGCAAAAUUGGCACAAUGUAGACAUAGUACUCCUGCGGAUUAUCAACCUGGAAUGUUAUCAGAACUUAUACGUGAAAUCAGAGAAGCUAAUAGGAAUUGUGAAGAAGGUUUAGUUACAACAGUUAAAUCUAUGUUGGAAGAGAAAUGUAAUCAACAAGCAAAAGAAGUGGAUGAGCUGAAGAAUCAAUUGGCGAAGAUUUUAAAAGAGAAAGAGGAAAGUGAUCAACGUGUUGCAAAACUGGAAGAGGAAGUGAUGGCAUUGAAACUGAGCGCGACCAAUGAAGGUCGCGAGAUCGCAGUCUUCGAGGAGGAGAAUCUGGCGCUGCGACGGGAGCUCCAGGAGGCGCGGGCAUCCAGGACCCUGGCCGAGAACCACGCAGCAAAGUGCGUAAACUUUGCGGUAUCCAGAUCUGUCACGCCUGUAACUUUCGAUACACCCUGUAUAACCAGCACCCCCGUGCGUACCGCUCUUACCGAUACUCGCUUCCUGUUCCCCGCUAUCCCACUCGCAUCACACACAUUCUCCAUCUCUUCCGUUCUACGUCCCCGUUCUGCGGAGGUGGCGGCUCCUCCACAAGUCUCCGAGAUGGCGAAUCAAUGUCAAAAUUCUACGACCGAUUCCGAACCUGUAUCCUGUGAGGAUACGUCUCCGACAAAGGAGAGUACGUGGUCAGAAAUGUCUUUGUCCUGUAAAUCCGUCGAAACAUGCACAAACAAUAAUAUGGUUGAAGUAUGGAAAACUAUGAAAUCAUUAGAACAUAUUUGCGAAUUUCUGGGCACGUCAGUAUUGGACAACUUUGAUCAGAAGGAAGCGCAUGACGUCGACACUACAAGAAACGAUGAUAAAGUAAAGCCCUUGAUGACGGCUGAAGAUGAAAAAACGAAGCAUUUAUUGACUGAUACCUCAGAGAAACCUGUCGAUCAGCUAUUCGAAAUAUGUAAAACGAAGGUGCAAUCGACGGGAAAAAAUGAAGCACAAGAUUUUGUACCAUUUAAAAUCCUUGAGGAACAAAAAUAUUUGCCGGAAAAAAUGAGCGACGUUACAUGCGAAGUAGAGAAAUUGAUCAAUUAUUCGGAUAAUCACAAUUGUUGGCAAAAAUGGUGCAGGUUUCACAAUCAGCGAGGCAGCUUUAAGAAACCGCGACGAAAGAAGGGAAAUUUAAGAAGGUUGUUCAGUGAAAGCGAUAAGGAUCCGCGUCAGGACAUCAUGCUUCCGACCGGCCCAUUAUGUUCCUCCGAGAGCAAUUGCGAUACCGCGGACGAGGACGAGAAUUGUUUUUCCAACGAUGGUCGCACAAGUCGAGCCAUCACCGACGUACCGGAUGUCGUUGUGAUCGGUGGUAGCUCCAUCGUCCCGAAAGACCUAUGUUCGACGAGAACCCUGAUUUCCAGAACCCAAACAGCACCUUCACGUGCCACCUACACCACCGCCUAUAUCUAAAUUACGCGCGUACGCGCGGGGCCCCGAGCAAAAAGACAAAAAGAAAGUCAUAUACCACGCUACUCGUCGCCAAUAUCCGCGAAAAGGGGCUUCAAGGGGCUUUUUACUAGAGGCUACUACUGUGUAUCGAAUAGCACGUAGGUCUAUUACUCACUCACACUCAUCAUGCAUGGUUUUUCGUACACGUCGUACUCAUCCCCCCGGCGCGGCACUUCGGGGAAAUUACGUCAUUCCCAGUAUCCAAAGGAGAUUCGGAUUUUUUAACAUAAAUCGUAUGCAUUAGCUGAAAUUAUUGGUGUAAGUUAUUUUUAGAGAAAGAAAAUUUGCUUUUUUUAUUUCAGACAUUUGGUUUCCAAUUUUGUUAUCGAGCUCUCCUUUUACACAGUGAUUUUAACUUACUAAUAAUAGUAAUAUGGUUUAAAUUGUAAAAUAAUAUACAGAAUUAGAGAGGAGAGAGAGAAAGCUAAUGUAGAUACCGGAAUAACGUAAUUCAUCUGCGCCACAUUUGCGACAUUUCGCAGCACUGUUUCCGUAGCGUUGCAUCUUAAAAUGAAAUUGGAGAAAGACGACUUUCCGCCAGAAAUAGGAAUUUUCAAUUUAUUAUGAUCGUAUAAUUAUAUUUUUCAU